CACUCCCCGUGAUAAUCUCUGAUCUCGCCGAAGCAAACAGCACUUGUCGCCUCUUGAUCCAACACUAGGAGGCGACGCCCCCACACCCCACGCCCACGCUUCCUUUUCCUUGCCGCGCUUACCGCGGAAUCCGCCAUGGCCCUGCCAUAUAUAACCUCGCUAGCCCUGCUCACCACCACCACCACCCACCCCCACCCCACGGUUACAUGAUCCCACGUCCUCGCGCGGCGUGGUCGCACUGCUACGGUACCGCCCAACGCCAUCCUUGCCUCCUCGUCCUCCUCCCUCGUGCCGUCCUCUCCUGGUGGUAGGCCUUCCCCCCUUAUGGCCGUGCACGCCCAGUACGCCGCCCACGCCUUCCCCCAUGACCCGCGCGCCAUCACCACAAGGCCAGCGCUGGACGACGCGAUGAUGAGCGCCUCGGUGUUCCUCGGCGAGCCUGGCGGCGGUCACUCUCUCGCCGCCGCGGUGGGCGGCAACACGGCGUUCAGCGGCCUCACCUGCAUCAUCAACAACAACGGCGACACGGGUUGCCUCGGGCCGUCGAGGAAGCGCGCAAGGGUGGGCGAGGUGGCCGGCGCGGGCCUGAUCGCGGACCUGCAAGGCCAUCGCGCUCUGCUGCCGCCGGUGCCGGUGCCUGUGCCCGUGCCGCAGGAGUUCGCGCCGGCAGGCGACGUGCAGAGCAGGUUGCUCUGCUCUGGCGCGGCGUCCACUAGCGGCCGCCCGGCGAGCCUCGCGCCGGCCUCGCAGGGCCUCCUCUCCCACCUCUACCGCCACGGCGUCGAGAUGGACGCGCUCAUCCGCAUCGAGAACGAGAGGCUGCGGGCGGGGCUGCAGGAGGCGCGCCGCCGGCACGUCCGGGCGGUGGUGUCGGCGGUGGAGCGUGCGGCGGCGCGGCGCUUGCAUGCGGCCGAGGCCGAGCUGGAGCGCGCCCUGGUACGCAACGCGGAGCUUCACGAGAGGCUCCGGCAGACGGUCGCCGAGGGCCGCGCUUGGCAGGACGUCGCCAAGGGCCACGAGGCCGUCGCGGCGGGCCUCCGCGCCACGCUCGACAGCCUCGUGCGGUCGUCGCCGCCACGCGCCGAGGGUGCGGGCGACGCCGAGGACGCGGAGUCGUGCUGCUUCGAGCAGGAGGAGGAGGAGGGCGCGGCGGAGGCGUCCGGCGGGGCGAGGGCGGCGUGCAGGUCGUGCGGCGCGGCAGACGCGAGCGUGCUGCUGCUGCCGUGCCGGCACCUGUGCCUCUGCCGCGGGUGCGAGGCCGGUGCCGAGGCGUGCCCCGUGUGCGCGGCCGCCAAGAACGCCUCGCUCCACGUCCUCCUGCCCUGACCAGACGUCUGUGUUCGACCGAUGGCUCAUGACUGUGCAUCCAUCUCCCCAAGACGGUGUCAGGGGAGGAAAAAAAAAAGGAGCUGCUUUUCAUCGACGCAUCGGUUCGAGGAGAUUUGCAUUCCGCGAGGAAACUGACCACGCAACCUGGAUGAAGGCCAUGGAUGACGAAGAAAUCAAGAAUGGGUUCUGGCUUUGCUGGUCAUCGCCUCGAUCGAGCGGACGUCAACACUGGUGGUGGUACGGGAAACGACGCAAGAAAGGCGAUCACCGACUGGUUGAAGCAAACGCUCGUAAAAACACGAGAGCUUGAGUACAUGACACUAGGAGCUGAAAUGUCAAUAUGGAGCAUGGCAAGUACAAGGAGUUUUCUACUUUUCUAUGAAGUUUAGUAGGAGUACAGUGCUGCCAAGCCUCAAACUUGUGGAGAUACAAUACUAUCUUCUCCGUGGCAAAGCAAGAUGAGACUGUAAAUAGUUUUCGAAUUCCAAAGUUUCUGCCGAGAUAGAUUUUUCAGAGUUUAAGACAGGCACUAGGAAGUAAAACAAAACAAGCUUAAUUAGUAGAUUGGUCGCCAUGGCCGCUGGUAAACACACAGUGGAUGCCAGAGAACCUGCCCGUGCCACGCCCGGCCCUGUCACUCGCUUCAACGUGCCACCUGCCGUAUGCUAACUUUUCCUUUUGAGACGCCAUGCCA